UUAUGUUAUUUUAAAAAAAAAGUACAAAAUCUUGUGGUAAAUGUAAAAUGAUGAUGUCUUCAAAUGGCUCAAAUAUACCUUCUGAAUAUAAUCCUAAUAUAAAGAUUAAAGAAGAAAUUGGAACAGUAUCUACACCUUCUACAUCAACUUCACCAAUUACAUUGAAUGCAAUGAAAACCGUUAAAACGGAAUUUAGUUUUCCUUCUACAUUAACACCAACUAGAUUACCUUCAUUUCGGGUCCCAAGAGAUUUAACUUUAGGUGGAAAUGUUAAAUUUGAGAGGUCUAAAAAAGUAUAUGUACCAAACUUAAAUGCUCAGAGAAAUAAAAAUAGAGAAGAUCAAAAUAUAGCUAAUAAAAAUGAAUCUAAUCCUAAAGUUAAUAAAGGACGUCAUGAUAGAGGAAAAUCGUAUACAAGCAAAGGAAUAGAAAGAAAUAAUUUAUAUCAAUCAACUGGAAUAUUUUCUGAAGGUAUUUCUGAUAAAUCUACUAAAAGACAUAUUGGCGUUGUUAGUAGUAUUUUUAGAGAUAAAAGUUUUGGAAAUGGUAAAGAAGCUGGAAUAACUCUAGAAAGACCAAAGUUAUGUAUACCACAAAAAAUUAAUAAAGCUGAAGAAGCAGAAAAGUUAAAAGAAUUAUUAAGAGAUGAUUUUAUAGAUGAUCGAGUAGAUUUCGAUUUAGAAAAUGCUCCUGUAGGAUUACCUAUGAUUAAUGAAGGCAAAGUAUUUAAAACUGAAUCCAAUCAAUCAGUUUCGAUAUCUAAAUAUCAAAAUAGUAUUAAUUUACAAAAUGGAGUCUUAGUAAAGACAGGUAACAAAAUAAAAUUAAUUACACCCAAACGACAUAUAAAUGAAGGGCAAGUGCCUCUUAAUGUAGUUCAAGUAAUGGAAAAUAAAUCAAGUACCUUUAUUUUGAUGCAGUUACCAGAUUGUUUACCUGGAUUACAAACUGAUAAACAAAAUAAUUCAAGAUUGAAGGGAGUACCUGAAUCCAAUUCAAAAAGUGAGAUGGAGAAAUCAAAUAAAUUUUGUACUUUAAAUAAUUUAAAAGAAGGAAUACUUGGUAAACUACAAGUUUUAAGAUCUGGCAAAACAAGACUAUUAUUAGGUGAAAAUGAUCUUAUAAUUGAUGUUGGCUCAAAUCUUAGUUUUAGACAGGAUUUAAUUGCUGUAAAAAUAAGUGGUGAUAAACAAAGUGGAAAUUUAGUAAAUCUGGGACCAGUAAAUAGCACGUUAAUUUGUUCUCCUGAUUGGGAAAAUAUGUUAAAAAAUAUAUAAUUAUAAAUAUUGUACAAAGAUA